GUCCCGUCCCCAGCUUCUGCCACUCCAUACACAUCAUGGCCGAGCAGUUGGUUCUCCGUGGUACCCUUGAGGGCCACACUGGCUGGGUUACUGCCCUGGCUACCUCCCUCGAGAACCCGAACAUGCUCCUUUCUGCCUCCCGGGACAAGACGCUCAUUAUCUGGAAUCUCACCCGCGACGAGACCUCGUACGGCUACCCCAAGCGGAGUCUGCACGGCCACUCGCACAUCGUGUCCGACUGCGUCAUCUCCUCCGACGGUGCCUACGCGCUCUCCUCGUCUUGGGACAAGACCCUGCGUCUGUGGGAGCUCUCGACCGGUGUGACCACCCGUCGAUUCGUCGGCCACACCAACGACGUCCUCUCCGUCUCUUUCUCCGCCGACAACCGCCAGAUCGUCUCGGGCUCCCGCGACCGAACGAUCAAGCUCUGGAACACUCUUGGUGACUGCAAGUACACCAUCACCGACAAGGGUCAUACCGAGUGGGUCUCCUGCGUGCGGUUCAGCCCGAACCCCCAGAACCCCGUCAUUGUUAGCGCUGGUUGGGACAAGCUCGUGAAGGUUUGGGAACUCUCCUCGUGCCGAAUCCAGACUGAUCACAUUGGCCACACCGGCUACAUCAACACCGUCACUAUCUCGCCCGAUGGCUCCCUCUGCGCGUCCGGCGGCAAGGACGGAACUACGAUGCUCUGGGACUUGAACGAGUCCAAGCACCUCUACUCGCUCACCGCCGGUGAUGAGAUUCACGCUCUCGUCUUCUCGCCCAACCGCUACUGGCUGUGCGCCGCCACCGCCUCCAGCAUCAUCAUCUUCGACCUCGAGAAGAAGAGCAAGGUUGACGAGCUCAAGCCCGAGUACAUGGAGGUUGGCAAGAAGAGCCGGGAGCCGGAGUGUGUCAGCUUGGCCUGGAGCGCUGAUGGCCAGACCCUGUUUGCUGGUUACACCGAUAACCGCAUUCGCUGCUGGGGCGUCAUGGCGAGGGCAUAAGGGACAGCGGGAAACGGUGUUGGCGCGGUUUCGGGGAUGAAAUCAUGAUUCCACAAUUACAUCUGUAGCAUGCCAUGGGAACUGAGAGACGCUCAUGCGGGUGGGUUUUGGGGAUGGUCAAUUCCUUCCGGUAUUAGCACUUCCAGGCGCUCAGAGUCAAUGAAAAAUUCAUUUGAUCCAAAACCAGCCGAAAGUGAUUCAUUAGUUUUAUACGAGUCUAGUCCUUUCUU